UGCCAACAGUCGUAACUUAUAAACCCUAUUUUUCCCUCCCCGCAUCUUCCUCGCUUCGACCUCGUAAGAUCGAUUAAGGCCUCCCAAACCUUGUAUAAUGGCAGUCGCAAUCUGAUUCGACGAACAAAGUGCAUACGCAGGUGAGACGAGGCAGUGCUGAGAACCCCUCGUUGUACCGACCAAGAUAUAAGAGCCAUGAUGCUGUUGAACAGUACGAUACUGCUCUGUACACAAUUCUCUCGCUAUAAUUCCUACUCCCAUGGACUUUGAACUUUCAAUCGAUCUUGGCGUAUGGUCUUGGUCUCUUUGGAAGUCAAGUCGACGAAGUGCUCAAAUGGCUCCACGGCACAAUGGAAAUGAAGGAGGGUACACCAGUCCUUCCGGCUGCUUUGGUGCCUUCUCAGACACGAGCAACCGGGUCUCUUUCGCGUGCGCCGUGUUUUUCUUCCUUGCCCUACUUGGAAUCUCCGUUGCUUCUUUUUUGGUCCGCAAAAAGACUAGAGCAGGGAAGCAACUACUAGGAGGAUUCUACAUCGUCGCGGUGUUGUUCUAUCUCCUCGGAAGUGCUUCCUCCAUCGUAGUGGCCGUUCUUCUAGGAUGUACGGCGACGACCGACGAGAACUAUUAUGGAUGGGUCAUUACGGCCAGCGUUCUAGUCGGAUUUGCACGAUACCUUCUUCUAGUAGUGUUCCUUCUGACUCUAAACGACAUGUUUCGCAAGCACUUCGGGGGCAAGUCUCACAUCUUCAGGCUCAUAUGCGCAAUUCUGUUCUUGAUGGGCGUUCUUACUGUCAGCAACAUUGCCCUUCAAGGCCAAGUCCUAAAACUACAGGCGACAUAUUCCGGGAAUCGUUCCUACUCCUCGGUGGAGGUACUAGGGGAUCGUAGCAAGAGUCUCAACGUCGCGUACUGGUCCCUCUACUUUUUCAGUGUACUAGUCGCCGGCGUUCUCUCGGUAGUGUCGACGUUCUCCAUGCGAUCAAGGCGACAGCCAGGCGGUGCUUUGCUUAGUUGGGUAGUUGCGCUGACAAGCUCCAUGUUCAUCUGGACUUUGAUAGCUCUAAUCCGCAGCAUCGACUACAUACGGUUCAUGUUAACGGACUGGCGAGGCGUUGUAGCUUCAGACUUCAUCCUCGAUCUCUUCGUGGUACUUAGUUUUGUCAUUCUCAUGAUGAUCGCAAAACACAGGGCUUGGAACGGAAAGUCGACAGACACGGUGGAAUUGCACGAUCUUGCCUCCGAGCAGCCUGUAGGCAUCCCACAGGAUCACACUCAUCAAGGUACUGCGACCAAGCAACCCCCUUCUUACUGACGCUUAGCAAGUUGGUCGAGGUAACCAACAGAAGGCAUAUCGAGGCUUCCCAUUUCAGGCCUACACUCUUUUGAGUUUGAUAGUCAUCUCUUUUUGGUUUGACAGGGUGUACGUCUUUCUCGCAGUAUUUUUUCAACGGUCCGUGGGCCUUUCAGAUAUCAUAACGCGUCAUGCAGCCAUAUACUCAAAGUAAACAACUAUGAUCCAAUCCUUGCCAU